AUGCAACCCACAGAGAUGGUGUUGAGUUUGAUCGCUGUUCUGCUGGUGACGUCAGCCUUGGGGAGAGCCCAAGAGAGAAUCAGCUGGGAGGUCCAGCGCUACGAUGGCUGGUACAACAACCUGCUGCACCACAGCCACGGCUCAGUGGGUGCCAGGCUGCUGCGUCUCCUGCCAGCCAACUAUGCCGAUGGCGUGUACCAGGCACUGCAGGAGCCCCGCGUGCCCAACGCUCGCCAGCUCAGCAAUGCGGUGGCGCGGGGACCCUCCGGGCUGCCCUCCCGCAGGAACACCACUGUUCUGGCAGUCUUCUUCGGUUUCCAUGUGCUCUUGGACAUCCUGGGGACAGAGAAACCUGGCUGCCCUGCUGAGUUCCUGAACAUUCACAUCCCACCUGGAGACUUCGUGUUUGACCCUGCGGGCACUGGAGACGUGGUCCUGCCCUUUCAGCGCAUCCAGUGGGCGACAGGGACAGGGCAAAGCCCCAACAGUCCCCGGGAACAGACCAACGAGGUGACAGGCUGGCUGGACGGCAGCUCCAUCUACGGCCCCUCACACUCCUGGAGCGAUGCCCUGAGGAGCUUCUCAGGGGGACAGUUGGCAUCGGGGCCCAGUGAGCGUCUCCCGAGGCAGACGGAUGGGCGGAUCCCCAUGUGGAAGGCGCUGGAUCCAUCCACGGGACAGGGUGGUCCCCAGCGGAUCUAUGACCUGGGGACUGCCUUUGGGAAUGAGAACCGCUUCCUGCAGGCUGAGAGUAUCGCCUGGUUUCGGUACCACAACCAAUUGGCCGUGACGCUGGCCCAGGCACACCCUACUUGGACUGAUGAAGAUCUCUUUCAGCAUGCUCGCAAGUGGGUCAUCGCCACUUUCCAGAGCAUCGUGCUGUACGAGUGGCUACCGACCCUGCUGGGGACACGUGUCCCAGAGUACAAAGGGUACCUGCAGCACCUGGAUCCCAGCCUCUCUCCUGAGUUCAUGGUGUCUGUGAAGCAAUUCCUGGCCACCAUGGUGCCGCCGGGUGUUUACAUGAGAGCCCCCAAGUGCCAGUUCCAGACAAUGCCUGGCCCCAGUGGCUCAUUCCCAGCAGCGCGACUCUGCAACAGCUACUGGAGCAGAGAGAGCAUUGGGCUACAGCAGGCAGAGGAUGUGGACGUGGACAGCUUCCUGUUGGGGAUGAGCUCACAGAUUGCAGAGAAGGAGGACAACAUUGUGGUGGAAGAUCUUCAAGAUUACUGGUAUGGGCCCCUGAAGUUCUCCCGCACUGACUACGUGGCCAGCCAGCUUCAGCGUGGGCGAGACCUUGGCCUGCCCACCUACAACCAAGCCCGGGAGCGAUUUGGGUUGGAGCCUCUCCAGAACUGGUCAGACUUUGGCCCACACCUGGAGCAACAGGUCCUGGAGAAGGUUUCUGCCAUGUAUGCCAACAACAUAGCUGGACUAGAGCUGCUCCCUGGAGGCAUGUUGGAGGCUGACAGCUCCCUCUUCAGUGCCAUCAUCCUGGACCAGUUUGUGCGCCUGCGUGAUGCUGACAGGUUUUGGUUUGAAAACACCAAGAAUGGGCUGUUCACAGCAGAAGAAAUCAGGAAGAUACGUAACACCACCUUUCACGAUGUCCUAGCUGCUGUCACUCACGCAGACCCCACAGACAUCCAGCCUCAUGUGUUUGUCUGGAGCAAGGAGGACCCAUGCCCCCAGCCCCAGCAGCUGACAGCUCAACACCUGGCCAACUGCACAUCCAUGAUGGUGCUGGACUACUUCAAAGGCAGCAGUGUGGGCUUUGGGAUCAUCAUCAUUGUGCUCUGCUGUCUGCCUUUAGGUUUCCUUUUGGUUGCUUGGGUCGUUGCUAUUUUCCGCAAGAGAGACUUCAAGAAGCUGCAGAAGACGCAGAACUUCAGCGUGCGGAGGGAGGUGACCAACGAGGCGACACACGCUAUGGAGUGGCAUGGUCCCAAGACAGACAGUUCUCCUGUCUACAUUCAGCUCCAACCUGACAAAAUGCUCAAAGUAUUGGAUGGGAGAGGGUCCUUGCUUCGGAGUAUCAGCUUGAAAGCCCAACAAACAGUGGAGGUGAUCCUCUCCAACAACAAAAGGAAUAAAGCUCUGCUUUUGAAGAGCCCCAAGGAGUAUGACCUGGUGCUGCUUUUCAGCGAGGAGAUGGAGAGGAGCAACUUCAUUGGGAAGCUACGAGGCUAUUUGGAGGAGAGUGGUCUUGAUCUGCAUAUGUCUGAGAUGAAGGAGAAGAGCCUGAUGAAACGGGCAGUCACUCGGGAGCAGAGAAAACAAAUUCUGGAGACUUUCUUCAGGCACCUGUUUGCUCAGAUGCUGGAAAUAGACAAGUUCGAUGCCGGAGAGCUCGAUGGUGAAUCGUCACAGAAGGCAAAGGAGUCUCUAACAUGUGAGCUGAGCAGGGCUGAGUUUGCCGAGGCCCUGGGGCUCAAAGCCCACUCCAUGUUUGUGGACUCCAUGUUCUCCCUGGCUGACAAAGACAGCAAUGGCUACAUCUCCUUCCGGGAAUUCCUGGACAUCUUGGUGGUCUUCAUGAAAGGGUCACCAGAAGAGAAGUCCAAGGCGAUGUUCAGGAUGUAUGACAUUGAUGAGAAUGGGUUCCUCUCCAAGGAGGAGUUUCUGAGGAUGCUCAGGUCAUUCAUUGAGAUCUCCAACAACUGCCUGUCAAGAGACCAGGCAGAGGAGGUGACUGAAUCCAUGUUUCAAGUCUCGGGGUUUCAGGACAGGGAUGAGCUGACAUGGGAGGAUUUUCACUACAUGCUGCGGGACCAUGACAAUGAACUUCGUCUCACCCAACUCUGUGUCAGAGGUGUCCCUCAGGUGUUCAAGCAAAACCUGCACAACCGUGUCUCCUUCAUAAAAAAGAAAGAGCUGAAAGGAACUGUCUCAGAGGAGGAGAAGGAUCCAAACGUGGACACUGUGACUCACUACACGGAGCAAGAUGGACAAGAGCUGAGGAAGAGACCAGGCAGAAAGGUGCAUCAGCAGCAGCUGCACUUAUACACUGAAGCACAACGGAAGAAGUACAAGCGGAACAAAGUCCAGCAGAAGAUCCAGGAGUGCAAGCGCUUCAUUGAGAACUACCGGCGUCACAUUGUCUGUGUGGUCCUCUUCUGUGCCAUCACCACUGGCGUGUUCAUGGAGAGAGCCUACUAUUAUGCCUUUGCAUCUCCCAGCACUGGAAUUGCACAGACCACCUUUGUGGGGCUCAUCAUCUCCCGGGGAUCAGCUGCCUGUAUCUCCUUCUUGUAUUCCUACAUCCUGCUUACCAUGUGCCGCAACCUCAUCACUGUGCUGCGGGAGACCUUCCUCAAUCACUACAUCCCCUUUGAUGCUGCUGUGGACUUCCACCGCUGGGUUGCCAUGGCAGCUCUGAUUUUCUCAGUGCUCCACACUGCGGGUCACAUAGUGAAUGUCUACAUCUUCUCGAUCACGCCUCUCAGUGUGUUGUCCUGCCUCUUUUCCAAUGUCUUUACAAAUGACGGGUCACAGCUCCCACAGAAGUAUUACUGGUGGGCCUUCCAGACUAUUCCAGGCAUGACAGGAGUGCUGCUGCUUGUGAUCCUGGCUGUGAUGUACGUGUUUGCCACCCACCACUUCCGACGCGUCAGCUUCCAGGGCUUCUGGAUCACCCACCACCUUUACGUGCUGCUCUACGUCCUGGUCAUCAUCCACGGCAGCUAUGCGCUGAUCCAGCAGCCCCGUUUCCACAUCUACUUCAUCAUCCCAGCUCUCAUCUACGGUGCGGACAAGCUGCUCAGUCUGAGCAGGAAGAAGGUGGAGAUCAGUGUGGUGAAAGCCGAGCUCCUGCCCUCAGGUGUCACUCACCUGCAGUUCCAGCAGCCGCAGGACUUUGACUACAGGUCUGGGCAGUGGGUGCGCAUCGCCUGUGUGGCCCUGGGCACCACAGAGUACCACCCCUUCACCCUGACCUCAGCUCCGCACGAGGACAAGCUGAGCCUGCACAUACGGGCCGUGGGGCCCUGGACCACCCGCCUUCGGGAGCUCUACUCCCCACAGAGCCUGGCCCUCAUCGGCAAGCUGCCCAAGCUCUAUCUGGACGGGCCCUUCGGGGAGGGACACCAGGAGUGGAACAAGUUUGAGGUGUCAGUGUUGGUGGGAGGAGGCAUCGGGGUGACACCCUUCGCGUCCAUCCUCAAGGACCUGGUCUUCAAGUCAUCCAUAAACUCCAAGCUGCUGUGUAAGAAGAUCUACUUCAUCUGGGUGACACGCACCCAGCGGCAGUUUGAGUGGCUGGCAGACAUCAUCCGUGAGGUUGAGGAGGCGGACAGGAACAACUUGGUGUCCGUGCACAUCUACAUCACGCAGCUGGCCGAGAAGUUUGACCUACGAACAACCAUGCUGUACAUCUGCGAAAGGCACUUCCAGAAGGUGCUGAACAAGAGCCUGUUCACAGGGCUGCGCUCCAUCACCCAUUUUGGGCGUCCUCCCUUUGUACCCUUCUUCGACUCACUGCAGGAGGUGCACCCUGAGGUGCAGAAGAUUGGGGUGUUCAGCUGUGGCCCACCCGGGAUGACAAAAAGUGUGGAAAAGGCUUGUCGGCAGCUGAACAAGAAGGACCAGACCUACUUUGCACAUCACUAUGAGAAUUUCUGA